AUGGCUAAGCUGGAGAACUUUUCCGAACCGCCGAAAGCAAAUCAGAUGGUCGUUGAUUCGGAGUCGGAUUCGGACUCGGAUCAGGAGAACGGGUUGGCGCAGACGGACGCGGCCGGUUCGGGAAGGAGUUCGGGGACGGUGGUGAUUCACAGCGGUCACUUUAUGGUCUCCUCACCUCACAGUGAUCCUGUAACCCGCAGCAGGAAAACACAGUAUGACUUCGAUACUGUGAAUAAACCGCGAUGUCAGACCUACAGCUUCGGUCCGUUCAGUUCACGCAGACUGAGCAUCGACCCGACUCUCACCCGCCUGUUCGAGUGCAUGACUCUGGCCUACAGUGGAAAGAUUGUGUCUCCUAAGUGGAAGUCCUUCAAAGGUCUAAGGCUGCUGUGGAGGGACAAGAUCCGUUUGAAUAAUGGAAUCUGGAGGGCCUGGUUCAUUCAGUAUGUGGAGAAAAGGAAAAAUCCAGUAUGUGGGUUCGUCACACCGCUGGAAGGGUCCGAAGCAGAUGCUCAUCGCAAACCUGAGGCGAUUGUACUGGAAGGAAGCUACUGGAAGAGAAGGAUUGAAGUGGUGAUAAAGGAGUAUCAUAAAUGGAGGAUUUACUACAAGAAGAGGAAACAUAAAGAUCUCAUGCCCAGCCUUCAGAAGACAGUUAAUCACAAGCCUUGCAGAACUGGCCUGGAGAAAUGGUCCGAUCAGAUGUACCCAGAACCCGAAGCAAAUCAGGAGGAGGUACACAUGUUUGACCUGGACUGCUUUCUCUCGGACAUCUCGGACACUCUUUUCACCAUGACCCAGAAGCCGAGCCCAUGGAGUGGAGAACGCCACAACACCUACACCAGUAAUGCUGAUAUGAUCCAGCCUGGUUUGACGCCUCUUCAGCCCAACCUGGACGACCUUAUGGACAUUCCUGACAUCUUUGCGAGCUACCGUGGACAUCCCCUACAGAGUGGCUAUGCUGACUUUUCUUUAUUCGAGGGUUCAUCCAGUGCAUCAUUUCCCUCAACCUCAUCAGUGGUUAAUGCACCAAUAAUGCAAACAGGCUCCCAAAUAUUACAGCCUGAUCUGACUGUUGAAAAUCUACCCCAGCCUUCCUCUGCAGCCACCUUACCGAGCCCUUGCUACCUGCGCCGAACUCCGACCUCGGAAAUGCCCUUCGAUGCCAGCAUGGCCUCCGAGCCAAAGUUCAAGAGUCACUUAGAGUACAGUGAAUACCCUCUCUGCAGUGGCGUCCUCCUCUGCAUGGACUCGUACGGACAGUCUUUAAGUGGCCCCGGCAUCGACCCCGGCAUUGCAACUGAAUCUUCAAACCUUUCCUCGGCCUCCAUGUCCCAGGAUAACCUUUACCAAUAUCCAUCCACUUGCCUGAAAUACAGACACUCAUCAGGCCAUCACUCAGGAGGUGGUGCAGUAACCACACAGACCGUCAUCACGCACACGGGAUCCAUGAAUGUCGUAGCACAAGACCCUCAAGAGGGUCAAUGUUACGCUAUGCUUGACAUGAUGGGCUACAAGCAGACAUCUGUGGCUCCUUUUCCACCUAGCCACUGCUUCUCUGUGCCCCAGCAGGUGCCUGUUGGAACGGGCAGGGGCAGGCACAAGCAAAAGAUGGGAAGUAUAGGGUUACCAGCGCCGCCUGCAGGAUCUGUGGGGUUAUCCUCACAGACUAGCUGUCUUGCCAGACUGUUAUCCUCCAGCUCUCAAGAGCAAAAGCCACCGUUGGGUUUUGAUGCUCCUUGUGUUGGUUCAAAAGGUCAUCGACCAACUUCUCCAAUGUCAGCGCAAUCCACCAGCAGUAUGCCAGUGAGCCAAAGAGGCUCACAGAUAUCCCAGCAUCCUUCAUGGCCCCCUGCGGAGGUGUCACUGCAGUGCCAGGCGCUCAUGAUGGCCCAGCCCAGCGUCUCCCAUGGCUCUUGCAUCUCUUCCCUUCUCAUUCCCAAAACAGAAAAACUCUCACCCAUCAAAAUUCACACCCCAGAAAGAACGAGCCUUACAGUGAAUUUUUCAGGAAAUUUUGGUCCAACAUCACCUACAAUCACUUCAGAAAAAGCAUCUGAGUCUUUACACACUUCAUCUGGAAUUGCUAAAACAGAGCCCAAUAGACCAGACACACGUCGAAUCACACACAUAUCCGCCGAGCAAAAGAGGAGGUUUAACAUCAAACUGGGGUUCGACACUUUACAGAGCCUGGUGACGACACUCAACUCACAGCCCAGCAUUAAGAUCAGUAAAGCCACCACUCUGCAGAAGACAGCCGAAUACAUCAGUAAAAUGCAGCAGGAGAGAGCACAGCUCCACGAGGAGGCACAGAGACUCCGAGACGAAAUUCAGGCCCUCAAUUCUGCCAUCACUGUGUGUCAACAGCAGCUCCCUGCUACCGGUGUCCCCAUCACCCGCCAGCGCUUCGAUCACAUGAGAGAGAAGUUCAGAGAGUACGUGCGCGCCCAGACUGUACAGAACUGGAAAUUCUGGAUCUUCAGUGUGAUCAUGGAGCCUCUGUUUGAGUCCUACAACGUGAUGGUGUCCACGGCCAGCGUGGAGGAAAUGUGCCGAACCACUCUAAGCUGGCUGGACCAACACUGUUCCCUACCUGCCCUCAGACCCACUGUUCUGAGUUCACUCCGCUUGCUCAGCACCACCACAUCCAUUCUGACUGACCCAAGUCUGGUUCCUGAGCAAGCCACUCAGGCUGUGAAUCAAGGACAUCCAUCCUACAGCUGCAACCAAUGAUCAUGCUUUUGCUUCAAACCUCAGCCAAUCGCACCUUUUGUCUUACUAAGCUACGACCGAUAUCUGCAUUCAUACCCACAGCUACGAUCGCUAACGUUACCCCUGGAGCCUCAAAGAAUCGCUUUUCACUUAGAGAUGUAUUCAGAUUUGAUUUACAUGUAAGUAACGAAGAGUUAACACUUGCACAGUCUUGUAGUUGACAAAACCUGUGAAGAACAGAAGGAUGACAGCAGCUAUAUGUUAUAGAUGAUGUAUUUUUAUAAG